AUGCCUCUCCCCGCGGCGCUGCUGCCGGCGCUGCUCCUGGGGCUGCUGUGGCCGGGGGCGGUGCGCGGCCGGCCGCCCCCGGGCCGCCUCCCCGCAGGGCCCCGCCAGCGGCGGUGGGACGCGGCUCUCUUCGCCCGUUCCGUAGCGCGUCUCCCGGCCGAGCGCCGCGACGCCGCCCGCGACGGCGACUACCUCCUAGGCAUCAAGCGGCUGCGGCGUCUCUACUGCAACGUGGGCAUCGGCUUCCACAUCCAGGUCCUGCCCGACGGCCGCAUAGACGGGAUCCACAGCGAGAACAGAUACAGUCUGCUGGAAAUCUCCCCUGUGGAAAGAGGAGUGGUGAGCAUAUUUGGUGUUAGAAGCGGACUCUUCGUGGCCAUGAAUAGCAAAGGCAAACUCUAUGGAUCUACCCAUUUCAAUGAUGAGUGCAAAUUCAAAGAGAUCCUCCUGCCAAACAACUACAAUGCUUACGAAUCCAGGAUUUAUCCCGGGAUGUACAUAGCCCUGAGCAAAAAUGGAAGAACAAAGAAAGGCAAUAAAGUAUCUCCCACAAUGACGGUGACACAUUUUCUUCCUAGAAUCUGA